UGGAAACCUAGUUCAAAAUUAUAAACAUUUUCAAGGCAAGUUAUCAUGACCGAUGUGCACGAGUUAAUUGUGACGUUCAUCAUAGUUCUUUACCAGAUAUUCCUGGUUUUCCGAUCAAUAAAUCCCUUGAAAAAAGAUGCCCUUCUGAUUAUUCUGCACAACUUCCUGCUGUACUAUGUGAUCAAUAUGUUCAAGCACCUGGCUCAGGCUUCGAUUGACUCGGACGGACCGGUGAACACCUUCUACUAUGUACCACUGGUGUAUGAAGAGAGUGUUGCUUUGGGAUCUCAUCGGAGUUGGCAUGAGGUCCUCAGGUCAUCAAGCUGGCAAUUCUUUGAGGUCCUUUUCAGAAAUCAUUUGGUCCUGCUGUUGCCGUUUAAUUUGGCUCUCCUGGUGCCCCGCUGCAAGUUGGGCUUCAUAAGCACAUUGGUUCUGGUGUCGAACUUCGUGAUGUUCGUCUGUUUCUCCUCGGCCAUUUGUCAGCUGGUGUUGUCCAACGGCCACGCCCACAGCCUGCGCCUCCUGGUGAUCCUUAGCUUGGGACCCGUGUGCCAAGUACUCCUGGUGUGCCGUCUCCUGGUGCGAUUGUGGUUCCGCCCAGCUUUUGGAUCAAGACCUAUUGGGCAUGCUACUGGACCAAUUUAUCACUAGCUUGUAUGAUAGCACUUACCUAUUGGACAACUAUAUAUCCCGACGAUCGGGUGCUAACCAAUCCGGCUAGGGUAUCAACUCUUUACAACAUAUGGACUCAUCUACUCCCGCCGAUUC